AUGACUCCGGCUGAGGUUACGGCAGCUCUUAGUACAACCAAAUUGUUAAUAUCAUCAUCACUCUGCCUCCUUAAUAUAGUUCAGAUCAUAGGCAAUGCUCCCCUUUAUGAUAAAGGAAUAUAUACAGUUGCUAUAGUUGUAGAUACGCUGCUGUGUUUAGUUGCUUCUUUUGGACUUUUUGUUAUUUUCCUUGCGAAAACAGCUUAUCUAUUAAGACUCUAUUCUCGAUUCAUUUAUGCUUAUUUAAUAAUCAGAACUUUAAGUUUUCUUUAUACUAUUAUUGUUCUUGCUUCAUAUAAAAGCGAUUAUAUGGACUCUUGUGUACAAAUUAAUGAAUCUCGACAUGGGGCCGAUCAUAAUGAAACAACUUAUUUUUGUAAUAUCGGGUAUUUUGGCAUGCUAUUAGCACUAAUUCUUACAGGUGUUUUUACAAUUAUUCUUAUGAUUUAUUACGCCAUGGUCAUAAACGCUUAUUCAAAAAGACGUGAAAUUAAAGAAGAGGAGAACGAAAGUUCAUCUGAAGUUAUUGAAACUCCUGGUUCAAUGGAUAGACCCUAA